AUGCAGGCUUUCAAUUCAAGCAUGGAUCCCCUCAGUGCUGUGUCGUUUGCUGCCAGUAAGCUGACAAGAGUAUUCUCAGUCCCCAAAGGCAGACGGCCUAAAUUUACUCUUAUCUUACGCAUCCUCGACAUCAUUAACGUUCCACUUGGAGUUGGAACUACGUAUGUGAGAUGGCAAUUGCCCUCUUCCGCAUCUCCAGAAAAUUCCGGAGAAACAAAAAAAGAGCAAAUUGAAUCGCAUAGAGCGUCAUGGGAUUAUGAGAAAAUGUUUACUGUGAGGCUUAUGCUUGAUCGUGGUCACAUGCUCCAGGAAUGUGGAAUACAUUUUGAUAUCUUUCAAGAAUUUUCGCCAAAUCACCGAAGUGACAAGACUUUAUUGGGUACCAUUGAUCUGAAUCUAGCCGAAUACGUUGAUGAAGGUGAUACUGAGGACGGAGUCGUUCGCCGGUAUUUGAUGAUGAACAGCAAAAUCAAUGCUACCGUGAAAAUAGCUAUCAAAAUGAAUCAGAUUGAAGGAGAUAACAAUUUUACUAAGCCACCUCUCUCACCGGCAACUGUGUUCAGUGGGAUUGCUGGCUUUAUGACCGCCGCAAAACCAGAUUCUGAUGAUACGCGGCAUGUUCCUUCGUUCUUCAACAGGACUCAGGAGUAUACCGAGCUCCAGGAUCUGUAUUUUAGAAACCUCGCUGCAACUUUAGCGUGCCGGCCUGGCGAGGUACCACCGGACCAGGUCAUUGAAGAUAUUUUUGCUGGCGGUGAUGGCUGGCCUGCUGGGCGCCCAAGUGUAAAACGUCGCGACAACUACGAAGAUGACGACGACUAUGACGAUGAUUGCAACUGUUCGAAUAGCGAUACUGAUACACGGCGUACAUCGCGGAACAAAUCUCCAGCUCGCAGCACAGGAUCCGGAUCCCUAGGGCAUCAUUUCCGCAACCGCAGCAAGCACUCUGAGUUUUCUUUCGGCUCUGAUAUUGGAACGAAGAACCGCAAAGUCAAAGGGAGAAGACGUAAAAAUCGCGAACUCGAUGAGUUUGAAGUGCGCGAAGACCUAAGGAGCUGGGAGAUUUCAUGGGCCAAAGAACCAACCCCACCCUGA